AGUUCAAGUCAUUAAUUACUCCUACUAGUGAAAGUCUUUAUAAGGUGGUAAAACUGGAAAACGCAAGUUUAUAAAACAAAAGCUUUCUACUAAUUUAUUCUCUAAGUGAAAAUAUGAGUGAGAUGGGUAAUAUUAAUAUGAGUGAGAUGGGUAAUAUUGAAGAAGAAAAAGUGGUAAAACUAAUAGUGAAAUCAGGAGAUCUUGCUGAUUUUGGUGUGUCGUAUGUGUUGGGUGUACAUACUCCACUUGCGGAGUUAUAUUCGUUUUACGCUACACACGUAGGGGUGGACCCCGAUGACCUCUACCUCAUGUGUAGGGGUCAGUUCUUAAGACCGGACACAAAUUCCUUUGUUUACGGGUUUGAUGACACUGAGCUCGUGCUAGCUUAUUCAAAGUCAGGAAAAAGUGUUGCCGCUGAUGUGGACAUUGAUCGCGACUAUUACUUCGUUACAAUGCGUGAUCUACAAACGAAGCCCACCGUAAGGAUAUUCCGGAUGAAAUGCACUUCUAAACUACAAAGACUUGCUAUGUUGUGGGCUUCUAUGGAGGGAAUAGAGCCCACUAUUGUUUCUUUGUACCAUGAACAGGCACGUGUUGACCUUGAAGGUACCUUUGAUAGUCAAGGUGUUCUUGAUGGGGACGUCAUCUACGUAGUUAUAAAUUAUUUGGGAGGUUAAGAUUGUAAAUCUAAGUACGAUUAUGUGAA